AUGGUCAGAAGAAAUGGAGAAGUGCUAGAAAGGGACAAUUCUAAUAGAUCAAAGAAAAAUGAUCUUUGUUACAAGUGUGGAGAGGCUGGAAACUUCAUGAAAAAUUGUUCUCUCUUGAAGCAAGAAUUCUCCAAAAACUUUAAGAGAAAAAGAUCAGCUGAAUAUGACUCAACUUUUACUUUAAUGGCUCAAUCAGACGAUGACAACAAAGAGGAUAGGGAUUCUUUGACCUUAGCAUUAGCAAAAUCUAAACAAACUAGAGACGACUUAGUUACUGUAGUUACUGACCAUAGGAAAACCAUUGAAAUUUUUAGAAAAGAAAAGAAUUAUCUUUUGGCAAAAAUUACAGACCUAAGGGAAACAAUAGUGAAACCUGAGAUUAAGUCAAAACCUGAAAAUUCUGGAAAAGGAAAGGAGAGAGCCAGUGAGGAACACAUUAGGCUUGAAAAAGAGUUGAAAGCUACUAGAACUAGGAUACGUGGUGAAGUCGAGAAAAAUAGGAAGCUUCAAGCUGAAUUGAAGAAAGGAACAGUGGGAGGAAGCGGACUGAAAUGGAUCAUGGAUAGUAGAUGCUCUAAGCACAUGACUGAAAAUACCAUGGAUUUUCUCUCAUUGAAAGCCCUGCAAGGAUAUGGAAAAAAGGGGUACAUUCUAGGUAUGGGGAAGAAAGCAAAGUUGAUAAAAAUUCGAAGACUUGGUAUAAAGGAUUUGGGGGAUACAAGUUUCUCACUUCUGGAGAUAUUGAUGAAGAAAGACCUAGUCCAGCGUUUGUCAAAUUCAAAGUUCGAAGAACACGACCAGCUUGGGAAUUUUGAUGCAAAAAGUGAUGAAGGAAUCCUUCUGGGAUACUACCCUCAAAGCAAAGCCCAUAAAGUUUACAACAAUAUGGAAAUAUCUGGAGCUUCAAAUGGGAAGGUUGAUUUGAUGAGUAAGAUGAAGGAGACAUGUGAGAGACAAUGUAACAUCCUCUUCUACUUCUCAAGAGGAACCUGGUACUUCAAUUACUACCUCUGA